AUGGCAGCUACACAGAAAACCGGUACUACGAGCAAUGGGCUUCCUCUGCGUGCUAGCAACACUGGAUCUCCGCUCGCUAGCUUACCUCCGCUGACGGGACCUCCGAGUUUGACAAUUCGCGACACCGAGCUUGCAUAUAAAGAGAUCGAAGAACGAGAUCUGUCUGACAUCGAGAGCGAUGAUGUGCCUGGGUUGGAGACCUCGAAGCGCGAAUGGCAGCAGCGCACUCACAAGAGAGCCCUGGAGAAGGAGUUCGAAGAGGCAAAUAAGCGGAAGCGACGGAGACUGAAGUUCAUGACUGAGUUCCACGAUCACUUCAGCUAUGCAGCCGAAUCAGACCGUACAGUUUUUAUUGACCAGUAUGAGGCCGAGGUCGCUGAAGAAGUGAAAUUACGCGAAAUCGAAGAAGACAAGGAGCGCAAGAAGGAUCAGCAGCGCAAGCGUCGCAGAGAGAAGGCUAUUGCUGAUGAACAGCAGAAGAAAGAUGAAGCGGAGCUGGCUCUGGCAACAGUGCAAGAUCCGGAAGAGCGGGCCAAGAUCGAAAAGGAAAUCCAACGCUACGAAAAGAAGAUCCGUGAUACCCAGAACAGACUGCAAGGCAUCACCCCUUCGCGGGACUCUUUCAUGCGUAAUGAGUCCCCUCACAACACAGCGGCUUUGGGUCGACGGGAACGCGAGGUCAACCUGGAAGGCGGAUUGAUGACUUCAUUCUAUACCACUGGACAGAGCCUUCCGACAGACGAGGGGACACCGGACCCUGCGGCUUCUAAGGGCGGUCGAGCGCGAGCUGGGCGAGGUGGCGGAGGUGGAAGAGCCAGGAAGUCAAAAGAACAAAAGCUUGCCGAGAAAGAGAAUGCCCGCAUGGCUCAGGCUUUCAUCGACCAAGGCCAGGAUCUGCCGCUUAUUGCUCCCAAGGAAGAAGAGCGGUUGGCAGCUUACGCUGAACGUAUGGCGGAGCGCAAAGCUGCCAUGCGAGAAGAUUCCGAGCCCCUGAGCGAGGCCGCGCCAGCAGCCAUGUUUGACGUACAACCUACCGUGGGUUUGGCAGGAAUGGCAAGAUUCGACAGCAAAGGGUAUAUCCAGAUCUAUGAGCAGAUUACUAAGAACGACAUUGCCAAGAAUAUACCGAAAAUUGUGCGGAUCAAGAACAACAGCCUCGAUACGAAACAGUCCAACGCGCGCAAGACAGCCCAAUUGGCUGCCAAGGAAGCUCGAAGAUGGCAGCUGAAAACGAACAAAAGCCAGAAGGAUGUCGCUGCUCGAGCCAAGCGCGCAAUGAGGGAAAUGCUCGGGUUCUGGAAGCGCAACGAGCGCGACGAACGUGAAGGCAGAAAGGUCGCGGAGCGACAAGAGCUCGAUAAGGCUAAGAAGCAGGAAGCGGACCGUGAGGCCAACAGGCAGAAGCGCAAGCUCAACUUCCUGAUUUCUCAGACGGAGCUCUACUCACAUUUCAUUCGGAAGAAAGUCAAGACGGAUGAUUACGAAGACGACGGGGAAGGCGUGACAGCGAGCGACAAGAAAGUCAAGGACGAUUCCCAUGCCAAGAACAUCGUCGACCUUCCGGACUCGAACGCCAAUGUGGGUGAGAAGGUGACAAAUUUCGAUGAUCUGGAUUUUGAUAAUGAAGAUGAGACCGCUCUGCAGCAAGCAGCCAUGGCCAAUGCCCACAGUGCGCUCAAGGAGGCACAGGACAAAGCACGAGCAUUCAACCAGCCUGAGCCUGCUGAUGGAGAAGACGGUCAAGAUCUUGGGGAAGCGCAAGCCAACUUUGACGAGGGCGAGAUGAACUUCCAAAACCCGACCUCCCUCCAGACCAUGGACGUCGCCCAACCCAAUAUGCUCACCUGUCAGCUCAAAGAGUAUCAGCUCAAAGGUCUCAACUGGCUGGUCAACUUGUAUGAACAAGGCAUCAAUGGUAUUCUAGCUGACGAAAUGGGUCUUGGGAAAACUGUGCAAUCCAUAUCGGUGAUGGCAUAUUUGGCGGAGAUGCACGACAUCUGGGGCCCAUUCCUUGUCAUUGCGCCCGCAAGUACGCUGCACAAUUGGCAACAAGAAAUUGCCAAAUUCGUCCCGACGUUGAAAGUGCUGCCAUAUUGGGGCUCUGCCAAGGACCGAAAGGUGCUGCGAAAGUUCUGGGAUCGCAAGCACAUUACCUACAGCCGCGACAGCGCGUUCCAUGUUCUGGUCACUUCUUACCAACUGGUCGUGCAAGACACUGCGUACUUCCAGAAAGUCAAGUGGCAGUACAUGAUCUUGGAUGAGGCGCAAGCCAUCAAAUCCUCGCAGUCUUCGCGAUGGAAGUCUCUGCUCAAUUUUCACUGUCGGAACCGUCUUCUGCUCACCGGUACUCCCAUCCAGAACAACAUGCAGGAACUGUGGGCUCUGCUUCACUUCAUUAUGCCUUCCCUCUUUGACAACCACGACGAAUUCUCGGAAUGGUUCUCCAAAGAUAUCGAGAGUCACGCUCACUCGAACUCCAAGCUGAACGAGGAUCAGCUCAAGCGACUGCACAUGAUUCUCAAGCCUUUCAUGCUGCGACGCAUCAAGAAACAUGUCCAAAAGGAGCUUGGUGACAAGAUCGAGGAAGACGUCUAUUGUGAUCUGACGUACCGACAACGCGCCUAUUAUUCGAACCUCAGAAACAAAAUCAGUCUAAUGGAUCUCAUCGAGAAGGCCGCCGGUGGGGAUGACCAGGACACUGCAACGCUCAUGAACUUGGUCAUGCAGUUCCGAAAAGUCUGCAAUCAUCCGGACCUGUUUGAGCGAGCGGACACAGUCAGUCCGUUGGCCAUGUCUUCAUAUGCUGAGACGGCGUCUUUCAUGCGCGAAGGUCACAGCAUUAACGUGGCGUACAGCGUGCGGAACAUGAUUCAGUACUGGCUUCCCAGCUUUCUGGUCGACGGACCAGGCAGGCUCAAUGUCGCUAGUCCUCGGAAUCCACAAGCAGGGUGGAGGAAUAAGUGGCUGUCAAACGAGCUCAGUAUCUGGAACGAGCAGCACAUUUGCAAGAACCAGAGCGGACAGGCAGGCUUCUCCUGGUUGCGUUUCGUGGACCAGUCUGCAAGCGACAUCGCUCUGACCGCCCGACGUUCACUCAUAGAUCGCAUAGUGGAGCUCGCCGCAGACCGCGGCCGCGCAUGCAAGCUGCCAGUUCGAUACGAUUAUGUCGGCACAAGUCAGGACGAUAAGGGCUGGACUCCUCUACACGACAUGUUCGAUAUCGUGCACUCACAUGCUCGUCAGCCCAUGACCAAGGCAGCGGGCGACGGACACCUGAGCAAGCUUUUUAACAUUUCUCAAUUUGCUACAGAAGAGAAGGGAUACAGAGUCAUCGAGCCUGGCUACCUGCCCAAAGCUAACGUGCCGCCCAUUGAGCUAGUGUGUCCCUCUCAGGGGGCGAUGGUGGAGCAAGAAACAUCACUUUUCAACGUGCCUAUGCGACGCGCACUAUACCCGAUCAACGAGGAAACCGAACGAGCUUUGCUGCAAUCGAACUUGCCCCCAUCAAAAUUCCCUGUUACCAAUCUGCUCCCUCGGCCCGAGAACGAGAAGCAGCGAUACACCAAGAUCCAGGUGCCGUCUAUGCGACGCUUCGUCACAGACUCUGGAAAGCUCGCCAAGCUUGAUCAAUUACUUCGCCAGCUGAAGGCUGGCGGCCAUCGUGUGCUUCUCUACUUCCAGAUGACACGCAUGAUCGACCUGAUGGAGGAGUACUUGACCUACCGUAAUUACAAGUACUGCCGACUCGAUGGGUCGACCAAGCUCGAGGACCGCCGUGAUACGGUUGCCGCCUUCCAGUCCGACCCAAGCAUCUUCAUCUUCCUGCUUUCGACGCGAGCGGGUGGCCUUGGUAUCAAUCUUGUUGCUGCCGAUACUGUCAUCUUCUACGACUCGGAUUGGAACCCCACCAUUGACUCGCAGGCCAUGGACCGUGCUCAUCGUCUCGGCCAGACAAGACAGGUCACGGUAUAUCGACUCAUCACGAGAAAUACGAUCGAGGAACGUAUCAGGAAGCGUGCUUUGCAGAAGGAAGAGGUGCAGCGCGUCGUCAUUACCGGUCAAUCUGGCACUGGCGUGGACUUUACCAACCGUCCCAAAGAGACAAGUCGGAGUAAGGAGAUGGCCUUGUGGCUUGCUGAUGAUGAUGAAGCUGAGCAGAUUGAGCGUCGUGAAGCCGAGAUGGCUGACGAGGAGGCAAAGGCGGGCGGGAAGAGGAAGCGAAAGAACGCGAAGAAAAGUGGCAAGGACUUGUCCAUGGACGAUAUGUACCAUGAAGGUGAAGGCCAAUUUGACGACGGUCCUAGCCAUGAGCCCUCGGGCGCCGCGACGCCUCUCGCUGGUGACGAGCCGCCCACGAAGAAAAGGAAAGGGACGAGUAAGAAGGCCAAGACAGUGAAGCAGAGACUUGCUGUGGUCGACGGAGAAGUAUAA